AUGGCCCCCAAGAAGAACGCAGCCCAGCCGGCCCCCUCAGCCGCUGCGACCUCCCAAUCCAGCACCACGGCGGCGGGCUCUGUCCCAGCGCCUGUGGGAGCAGCGCCAGUCUCGACGCCCGUUUCCGCGCCAGCAGCCAAGAGCGCCCCGGCCAACUGGGACAAGGUGCUGCAGAACAUCUACAGCUAUUACAUGAACGAGACGCCGCAGCGGACCAAGCUCAUCGACGUCUUCCUCGUCUUCAUCGCCGUUGUGGGCGCAUUGCAAUUCCUCUACUGCAUCCUGGCUGGCAACUACCCGUUCAAUGCUUUCCUUUCGGGUUUCGGAGCAACCGUUGGCCAAUUUGUUUUGACGAUUUCGCUGCGUAUACAGACAGCUGCCGUGAACAAGAGCGACUUCCCAGAGGUAUCACCUGAACGAGCAUUUGCCGACUACGUUGUUUGCAGUCUGAUUCUACAUUUCUUCUGCGUCAACUUCAUCAACUAA